GGUGGGUUCCAGCUCGCCCAGCCGCAGCCACGACAAGGACGUCGGUGGGCACGAUGCGGAGCUGGGCGAGCUGCUCGAGGCCGUCAUCAGGCCCCUUUUGAGGGAGCAGGAGCAAAACCUCACGAGGUCCAUAUCGGCCAUGCUCGACAGCUUCCGCGCGGUGGCGAAUCCGCUUGUCGGCCUAGACAUCCCGGAGCCGCGGCCGGCGGCGGGGCCGAGGUCGCAGGACAGCUGCAGGCAGUUCGACGGGUUAGAGCGCCAGUUCUCGGCACCUCCAGAGAUCCGCGGCGGAGGCUUCGACCGCCAGGUUUCCGAAUCCUCGAAGGCCAGCUUGGCGAAGUCGCCCCGGCACCGUAAGGGCAAGGCGCCGGGUGUGAAGUCACUCGAGGACGCCAGGGGGACGGAGAUCCUCUCCGGCAUGACCAAAAACGGCAGGCUCGAGCAGGAGUUGGGCGCUCCCGUCUGGGUGCGCGCCACGUCCGCGGGCGACCGCGCCAGCGACAGUGCGGAGGAGCCCGAGCUGGAGGUCGGCGCCACGCGGUCCCUGCAGAGCGCGCUGGGGCGCCGAGGCCGCCCAAGCUUGCGGGGGAUCCUGGGCGGUGCGCCGCGGCAGCUCGGCUGA